CCGUCCGGCGGCGCUGCUGGUGCCGGCCCUUGAUGACUUCCGCUCCCAACAUCGAGAUGAUCGCCUCCUCGCUCCGCAACUGCUCCCUCAACGGCGGCUUCCGUCGCCGUGUCAGGCACCAAGACCACGACGAGGGCAGCGACGACAGCGAGGGAAUCACCGUCGAGCUCAACUCCGAGGUCUCCCUGCCCUACCACUGGCAGCAGUGCCUCGACAUCCGGACGGGGCAAGUGUACUACGUCAACUGGGAGGACGGCACCCGGACGACCGUCGACCCUCGCACGCCGUCGCACUUCUCCACCCUGUCGACUCCGCGGUCCAUCUCCUCCGCUUCACGCCGCGGCGCCUCCACCUCCUCGUCGGGCUCCGGCUACACUUCCGCGUCGUCCGUCGGCACAGUCGCCGCGGCGGAGUGGUUCUCCAGUGCCACCGGCGGGUAUGGAUACAAUGAGAGCCACAUCUACGAUGAUGGCGGCGACGAGGAGAGCAGCAGCAGCAGCAGCCGGAGCUCCGCCAUCUCGUCUGCCCUCUCGUCCUUCUCCCCCACCGACGAGUCCGCCUCCAGCGGCAGCAGCAGCGACAACGGCAACAACGCCGCCGGCCACGUGCUCGUGGCAGCCGGGUGCAGGGGGUGCUUCAUGUACUUCAUGGUGCCAAAGAGCGCCGGGCUGUGCCCCAAGUGCGGCACCUCCGGCCUGGUCCACCUCGGCCGCAGCAACAAUGCCUCCUACGCCUGAGCUGGCAGCCUGCAGUCACCGCCUGGUCCCCGUGACUCACUAGUUGCAGGGGCGCUGCCAUUUCGCAACUGUUCAAGCUCUGUCAUGGACUGCCGAUCUGUCUAGGUGUUCACUGUUCAACGGGAAAAAAAGGUUUUCAGCGGGAAAGUCCCCGAAUCUUUGACAUUGAUUCGUGUGUGUGUGGGCAAAAUGAAGGGACCCAAGGGUCUAGAAUCUGUUUAAGCUCCUAUCACCAUUUGCCAUUCUACAAUUUGUGGGAUCGACGACAGAGAAUAACCCUCCAUUUUUUCUCCUUCUU